GGGGGCCGGGUCCUGACGCUUAGCACCAUGAACCCCGCGAUCCGCCUCGUGGAGUACGCCGUGCGGGGCCCCAUCGUCACCCGGGCUCUGCAGCUGGAGCAGGAUCUGCGGCAGGGUGUCCCCAAGCCCUUCACCGAGGUCAUCAAAGCCAACAUCGGUGAUGCCCACGCCAUGGGGCAGAAACCCAUCACCUUCCUCCGCCAGGUGACAGCCCUGUGCCUAUACCCGGAGCUCCUGGCCAGCCCCAACAUCCCCGAGGACGCCAAAGCUCGUGCCCGGCGCCUGCUGGCAGCUUGUGGUGGCCAAAGUGCCGGGGCCUACAGCACCAGCCCUGGCAUUGAGCUGGUGCGGGGGCACGUGGCCAAGUUCAUCGAGCGCCGCGACGGCAUCGCCGCCAAGGCCCAGGACAUCUUCCUGUCCACCGGCGCCAGUGAUGCCAUCGUGAGCAUCUUGAAGCUGCUGGUGGCCGGGGAAGGUCGGACCCGGACCGGGGUGCUGGUGCCCAUCCCUCAGUACCCUCUGUACUCGGCAGCCAUCGCUGAGCUCAGCGCUGUCCAACUCAACUACUACCUGGCCGAGGACAAAUGCUGGGCCUUGGACGUGACCGAGCUGCGGCGCGCGGUGACCGAGGGACGGCGUCACUGCUGCCCCCGCGUCCUCUGCAUCAUCAACCCUGGCAACCCCACCGGACAGGUCCAGAGCCGCCAGUGCAUCGAGGAUGUCAUCAAGUUUGCCUACGAGGAGAAGCUCUUCCUGAUGGCUGACGAGGUCUACCAGGACAAUGUCUACGCUGAGGGCUCAGCUUUCCACUCCUUCAAGAAGGUCCUGUUUGAGAUGGGGCCACCAUACUCUGAGGGGGUGGAGCUGGCGUCCUUCCACUCCAUCUCCAAGGGCUUCAUGGGAGAGUGCGGAUUCCGUGGUGGCUAUGUGGAGGUGGUGAACAUGGACCCUGAGGUCCACCAGCAGUUGUCCAAGUUGGUUUCGGUGAGGUUGUGUCCACCAGUGCCAGGGCAGAUCCUGCUGGACGCUGUCGUUGAUCCACCACAACCUGGGGAGCCAUCAUAUGAACUCUUCAUGGCUGAGAAGAAGGAGGUCCUCAGCAACCUGGCCCACAAGGCACGGCUGACCCAGGAGAUCUUCAACCGCACCCCUGGGAUCUCCUGCAACCCGGUGCAGGGCGCCAUGUACUCCUUCCCCCGCAUCCACCUCCCGCCCCGCGCCUGCGCCGCCGCCAAGGAGCAGGGCCAAGCCCCGGACAUGUUCUUCUGCAUGAAGCUGCUGGAGGAGACAGGGAUCUGCGUGGUGCCAGGCAGCGGCUUUGGGCAGCAAGAGGGCACCUUCCACUUCCGGAUGACCAUCCUGCCACCUACUGAGAAGCUCAAGAUCCUGCUGGAGAAGCUCAGCAGCUUCUACACCAAGUUUGUCAAGGAGUUCUCCUAACACCAACAUCAGCCCCUGGCACCCCCAGCACCCCCACCAAGGCCUGGGUGCUACCGGCUGGACCCCUGCCCUGGGAUGUUCUUGGUGGUCUUCAAGUGCCUUCAACCUCUUCAUGCCUUUUGGGUGGGAUGUGAGGACUCCUCAUGUCCAGGGGCUGGUGUCCCCCCACCCUCCUCUCCCCAUGUUCCCUCAAGAGACAGCAAGUGUAGGGGGAAACCCCCAGCGUUCACUCCAGCAAUAAAAGGUCAGUGACCAC